GAGCUGAAGAAGCUGGGACUGGGAGAUAACGUGGAUCUGCACGUCUAUGAGGUGCCGGUUGAAUACCAGGCAGUGCAAAGACUCAUUCCUGCGUUAUGGGAAAAGCACCGUCCGCAAUUGGUGGUUCACGUCGGUGUUUCGGGUAUGGCUACGACUGUAACGCUGGAGAAGUGCGGCCACAACUUAGGUUAUACAGGCUUAGACAACUGCGAUUUCUGCCCAGGCUCCGAGUGUUGCGUAGAAGGUGGCCCAGAAUUCAUCGACUCCAUUAUUGACAUGGACAUGGUCUGCAAGAGAGUCUCAGCGCUGGGGCUGGAUAUCAUGGUCACUGUGUCGGAGGAUGCCGGCAGAUACCUCUGCGACUUCACUUACUACACUUCCUUGUACCAGAGCAGCGGGAGGUCGGCCUUCAUUCACGUGCCCCCCCUGGGAGAACCCUAUACGGCAGAACAGCUGGGUCGGGCGCUACAGGCCAUUAUAGAAGAAAUGCUUGAUGUUUUGGAGCGUUCGGAAGACAAAAUCAAUUGUCAGCAUAAACACUGA